AUGGCGGACUGGAUGGAGGUGCAGCAGCGGGGUGAAGGGAGACGGAUGGAGUCCACCCUCAGGGCGGGACGAGCCGGGGCCGCCGCGAGGCUUCCCGGAGCAUGCGCGAACGCGGCCUCGCGGCGGGGCUCCUCAGAGCAUGCGCACACGCGGGCCGGCGAGGGGCUUCUCGGAGCAUGCGCAAACGCGCCGCCGGCGCUCCAGCCGCGUCCCGCCGGGGCCGCGCUCCCGGAAGUGCGACGGGGUCGCGCGUGGGGUCUCCGGGACCGGCCGGUCGGCUCGCGGCACGUGGCCCGACACGUGGUCGAGUGCCUGGCCUCGAGCACCCUGGAGCCGCCGGCCUCGGUCGCCGAGGCGGUGUCGUCCCUGACCAUCGCCGACGCGUUCAUCGCGAGCGGCGAGAGCCCCGCCCCGCUGCCCCGGGCGCCGGCCCAGAGGUUCAUCUGCUCCUUCCCCGACUGCAGCGCCGGUUACAACAAGGCUUGGAAGCUCGACGCGCACCUGUGCAAGCACACAGGGGAGAGACCAUUUGUUUGUGACCAUGAAGGGUGUGGCAAGGCCUUCAUCAGGGACUACCAUCUCAGCCGCCACGCCCUGAUUCACACCGGGGAAAAGCCCUUUGUUUGUACAGCUAGUGGCUGUGAUCAAAAAUUCAACACAAAAUCAAACUUGAAGAAACAUUUUGAACGCAAACAUGAAAACCAGCAAAAACAAUAUGUAUGCAGCUUUGAAGGUUGUAAGAAGACCUUUAAGAAACAUCAGCAGCUGAAAAUCCAUCAGUGCCAGCACACCAAGGAGCCUCCAUUCAAGUGUACCCACGAAGGAUGUGGAAAACACUUUGCUUCCCCCAGCAGUCUGAAGCGGCACGGGAAGGUCCACGAGGGCUAUAUAUGUCAAAAAGAAUGUUCUUUUGUGGCAAACACAUGGACAGAGCUUCUGAAACAUGUGAGAGAAACCCAUAAAGAGGACAUAACGUGUGACGUGUGCCAGAAGACGUUCAAACGCAAGGAUUUCCUGAAGCAGCACAUGAGGACUCACGCCCCCGAGAGGGACGUGUGUCGCUGUCCCAGGGACGGCUGUGGCCGCACGUACACCACCGUGUUCAACCUGCAGAGCCACAUCCUCUCCUUCCACGAGGAGCGGCGCCCGUUCGUGUGUGAGCACGCAGGCUGCGGCAAGACAUUUGCCAUGAAGCAGAGUCUCGGCAGGCAUGCCGUUGUGCACGACCCUGACAAGAAGAAAAUGAAGCUCAAAGUGAGACCGUCUCGUGAAAAACGGAGUUUGGCCUCUCGGCUCAGCGGGUACAUCCCUCCUAAAAGGACACACAACCAGGGCGUGUCUUUGCCCAGAAACGGAGAGUCGCUGAAUGGCACUGAAGGCAAGGUGCCCUCCACGGUGGCCACGCCGGCCCCCAGCUACACACCAGACUGCUGCGCUUGA